ACAUAACCUUAAAAUUUGUUUUGAUUUUUGAAUAACUAUUUUUUAGUCACAAAUGCCCAACAAUUAUGGAUAAAACUACUAUUCCAGAAAUAAAUUCUCAGCAUGAUUUGUAUUUACAAGAAAUCGAAGGAAUAGAUGAUUACUGGGGUCCUACUUUUAGGGCAAUUUUUGAUAAUGAAGAACAUGAUGAAUUUAAAAAGAAAUUAAACGAACGUAUUAAACAUCACGAUAAGGAUAUCGAAAGACUGUGUAAUGUUUAUUAUCAAGGUUUUAUCGAAUCUGUUAGGGAACUUUUAGAAGUUAGAUCUCAAGCUAACAAGUUAAAUAGUCAAGUUGUCACAUUGGAUAAACAAGUGCAUGAUGCAGCAGAGGGAAUUACAAAGUCUGGAUCAGAUUUGCUUCAAGCUAGGAAAGUACAAAGUAAUAUAGCUGUUGUUAUUGCACAGCUUAAUUUAUGUCUGCCAGUUUUUACAACAUAUUCCAAGCUGCAAAAACAAAUUGCAGAGAAAAGGUACUAUCCUGCUUUAAAGACUCUUGAGGAAUUAGAACAUCUACACUUACCCCAUGUGGCAAACUACAGGUUUUCUAAGCAGUUGCAAGAAAAUAUUCCAAAGUACAGAGAAAAAAUCGAAGCCGCUUCCAUGUCAGACUUGAAAGAUUUUUUGGAAAACAUAAGAAAAUUCUCACCAAAAGUGGGAGAAGUUGCAAUGAAGCAUACCAGUGAACAAUUAGCCAGCGAUCCUACAGUAGUGGGAAGGAAAAAGAAAAGAAUUGCACCACAACCACCAGGUCAAUUUUCUGAUGAAGAUCGUAGUGCUCAAGAGCUUAUAGAUUUCUCUCCAAUAUACAGAGGAUUACACAUAGCGCAUGUCCUUGGCAGAUCAUCAACUUUUGAAACUUACUAUAGAGCCGAAAGAACAAAACAAGUCAGACUUGUUCUGCAACCUCCUACAAAUAUGCAUGAAUCAGAAGACAGUUAUCGAGCCUACAUACAUGCAGUACUUGGAUUUUUCAUACUAGAAGAUCAUGUUUUAAAUACUGGAAGAGGUUUGAUAACACGAGCAUUUUUAGAUGAGAUGUGGGCGAUGGCGUUGUCCAAGAUUGUUACUGCUUUGCAAACUAAUUCGGCGUAUUGCACAGAUGCUACGUUAAUACUAAGAAUAAAAGACUUGAUUAUGUUGUUUUGUACAACAUUAAGAAACUAUGGAUACUCAGUAAAGCCGCUGUGGGAGUUAGUAAGAGAGCUGAGAGAUCAUUACACAGAAGUUUUGAUGCAAAGAUGGGUGCAAGUGUUCAGAAAGAUUUUAGCGGAGGAAGAUUUUCAGCCUGUACAGGUUGAAAAUCUGGAAGAACUAAACGAACUGUUAUUAUCUUUUCCGUGGGAAGGCGACCUUCCAGAUGACAUGGACUAUCCAUAUAGCUUUCCCUUUUCUAGCAUGGUACCGAAAAUUUACAGAGAAGUCAAAGAAUUCAUUUAUGCUUGCGUUAAGUUUUCUGAAGAUCUUAACCUAAGUCAAGUAGAAGUUGACGAGAUGAUUAGAAAAUCCAUGAAUUUGCUGCUGACCAGAACAUUUAAUGGAUGUUUGUCUUCCACGUUUCGCAGUCCUCACGUUAACUUAAAAGAAAUCAUUCAAAUUAUUGUGGAUACUGGUUACCUCGAAGAAGCCAAUGUAUAUUUGGAUGAAUUUAUAUCGAAUAUUACAGGUGAGGAAUCGCGAGGAGUUAGUUCCGCUCUGGUUCACGGACAAUCUGCUCUAUUUUCUGUAUCUAGAGAAGACGCCGUGCGGCAAAUUUGCGAAAAGUUAAAGCAGAAAUUGAACGAGUUCUUAGAAUUAGAAAAUUACGACUGGCUGUUAGUCGAGCCGAAAGGUCACGCUUCUAGUUACAUAUCAGACAUUAUCGCUUUCCUUCAGACUACAUUCCAAAGCUUCACAAAUAUUCCGCUUGAAGCCGCUCAAAUAGCCUGUAAGUCAGCGUGUGAUCACAUAGCCAAGUCCAUGUUCGCCAUGCUUAUGAACGAGGAGAUUAAGCAGAUCUCAAUGGGGGCUUUAAAUCAAAUUAAUUUAGAUUUACUUCAGUGUGAACAAUUUGGUGCUUCUGAACCCGUACAAGGUUUGCAAGAAGGCGCCCUUCUAUCCUAUUUUGAAAGUUUAAGAGAAAUACUUGAUUUAUUUAUAUCCUGGGAUUGGCCCACUUAUUUCCACGAUUAUGCACAAGAUACCAGUAAAUAUAAGAAAGUCAAUCCAGAUGUUGCAAUUGUACUACUAGAAAAAUUGAGAGAAGGUGACAAGAAAACCAUGUUCACAGUACUUAAAAAGAGCGAAAGGGACAAAAAGAAACUUCUUGAUACUGUCCUAAAACAACUGAGGCAGUUAUCUCAAAUUCCUGCAGGAAAAUAGUUCCCUUUAUCUCAAUUGACGGAAGCUUUAAAUAAUUGUAUUAUUUUUAUUUACAAUAUGGUGUAAAAUAUUUUAUUUCAUUUUAUAUAAUAAAAAUUUUAAUAUAUACUUUAUCUAACCAUUGUGUUCUUUCAAAUAUUUAUUUUGAAUUAUAUAUGAUUCUG